CUUGCCACGCUUACAACAGCACACAGCAGCAAUAUUCAUUGUGCUGGUAGUUGGGCAACAAUUGCCCGUUCGCGUGUGCCUGCGACGGCCGUGCCCAUGCUCAGAGUGCACCCCCGCCGUCCAGCGGUCUCGCAAUGAAGCCUGGUCAUACUGACAAUAAUCGGGCUAUUGUGAUUGGUUUUAUUGUUGGGUGGCGAGACGAGGGGCCGCAGCCGCCCAUAGCGAAGUGCAUUUCUUGUGCCUACACCCUGGGUUGAUCGCACCGUGCCGUUGACUAGAAUUACGCUCUUAUAGCAUUUGUGGGAGUCUCCACAUUAGCGACAGUCAACAGAGGCGCCUCCGGGAUGCUCGCGUCGCAGAAGCUCGCCCACCGGGCCGGACUGGAGGAGAGGCGUGCUUGCAUUGGUCCACAUGUGAGCCGAAGCCAACAGCGCGUGGUUGGGCGUGUCGGAAAGCUUGCCCCGCACGUCUCUGGUGCUCCGGCGAAUGCGAUUCGCCAGACUUCCGUCGUCCGCAAGCUGCUGCGCGUUGCAGCUGCAGCAAGCACCGUGUCUGGAGCUGCUGCGGAGAAGCCCACCGGCGUGAGGGGGGCGCACUGGCAGGUGCACAAAUUCGGCGGCACUUGCAUGGCCAGCGCCGACAGGAUUCGCGCGACUGCCGAGCUGAUGGCAUCGACUGUGGGCCCGGAUUCCUCCACCUGCGUCGUCGUCAGUGCCAUGGGGAACCACCCGACCAGCCCAAUUAAGGUCACGGACCUCAUCCUCAACAUGAUCAAGAAGGCGUCGCGGCAGGACGCGGCCUUCCUGGUUGAUCUGGCGGCACUGCAGGAGAAGCACGUGGACACAGCGAAGCUGCUGCUGGGCCAGUCGCCCGAGCUGACCCAGUUCGUGUCCAGCCUCAUGGACGAUAUCACGAACCUGAAGGCCAUGCUUCAGGCCAUGAGCAUUGCCGGCAUGUCCACGGACGCCUUCAGCGACUUCGUGGUGGGCCACGGCGAGCUGUGGAGCGGCCGGCUGUUCGCGCUGUGCUGCAAGCAGCUGGGUGCGGACGUGGAGUUCAUGGACACGCGCGACGUGCUGGUGGUGACGCCCACCAGCGACGGCGCCAGUGUGGACCUGGACGAGGCGGUCAGCAACGGCCGCAUGGACGCCUGGUUCAAGGCCAAGGGGAACAAGAAGCUGAUUGUGGCCACCGGCUUCAUCGCGCGCAGCCGCGAGGGCACCGCCACCACCCUGAAGCGCAACGGCUCGGACUUCUCCGCCACCAUCAUGGGCGCGCUGCUGCGCUGCCGCCACAUCACCAUCUGGACGGACGUGGACGGCGUGUACUCGGCGGACCCGCGCAAGGUGCCCGAGGCCGUGUGCCUGCCCUCCAUGACCUACCACGAGGCCUGGGAGCUGAGCUACUUCGGCGCCAACGUGCUGCACCCGCGCACCACCCUGCCCGCCAUGAAGUACCACAUCCCCAUCACCAUCCGCAACUUCUUCAACCAGUCCGCGCCGGGCACGCGCAUCAGCGACGUGGCCUCGGAUGCCGAGGUGUACGGCGGCAAGAACACCAUCAAGGGGUUCGCCACCAUUGACAACGUGACGCUGAUCAACGUGGAGGGCACGGGCAUGGUGGGCGUGCCCGGCAUCGCCAGCCGCAUCUUCAGCUCGGUGCGGGACGCCGGCAUCAACGUCAUCAUGAUCAGCCAGGCCUCCUCGGAGCAGUCCAUCUGCUUCGCGGUCAAGGGCACGGACGGCGAUGCGGCGCAGCGCGUGCUCAACGAGCGCUUCGCGGACUCCAUCUCCGCGGGCCGCGUGAGUGCGGUGCAGGUGAUCCCGCACUGCUGCGUGCUGGCGGCGGUGGGGCAGGGCAUGGUGGCGCGCAAGGGCGUGGCGGCCACCAUGAUGAGCGCGCUGGCCAAGGCCAACGUCAACAUCAAGGCCAUCGCGCAGGGCUCCUCCGAGUACAACAUCACCGUGCUCAUCGACCAGGUGGACUCGGAGCGCGCCCUGCGGGCCGUGCACUCGCGCUUCUACCUGUCGGACGUGCCCAUCGGUGUGGGCAUUGUGGGCCCCGGCCUCAUCGGCGGCACCCUCAUCGCCCAGCUGCGCGAGCAGCGGCAGCAGCUGAAGAAGGAGUUCGGCAUCGACCUGCGGCUGCUGGGCGUGGCCAGCAGCGGCAAGAUGCUGCUGCGCGAGACGGGCGUGGACCUGGACAACUGGAAGCAGGACCUGGAGGACAAGUCUGUUGCCUGCGACCUGGACAAGUUCGGCAACUUCCUGUCCAGCCACUACAUCCCCAACCGCGUCAUUGUGGACUGCACCGCCUCGGACGCGCCCGCCUCCAAGUACAUGACCUGGAUGCAGCAGGGCAUCCACGUGGUCACGCCCAACAAGAAGCUGGGCAGCGGGCCGCUGGACCAGUACCAGGCCGUGCGCCGCAUGCAGCGCGAGGGCUACAUCCACUUCUUCUACGAGGGCACUGUGGGCGCGGGCCUGCCUGUGAUCGGCACUCUGAAGCACCUGCUGGAGACCGGCGACAAGAUCAUCAAGAUCGAGGGCAUCCUGUCCGGCACCCUGUCCUACAUCUUCAACACCUACCAGCCCGGCAUGAAGUUCAGCGAGGUGGUGGCGGACGCGCGGUCCAAGGGCUACACCGAGCCCGACCCGCGCGACGACCUCAACGGCACCGACGUGGCGCGCAAGGUGGCCAUCCUGGCCCGCGAGUGCGGCCUGAUGCUGGAGCUGGACUCCAUCCCCGUGCAGAGCCUGGUGCCGGAGCCGCUUCGCGCCGUGGCCAGCAGCGCCGACUACAUGGCGCGGCUGCCCGAGUUCGACGCCGACAUGGACGCCAAGCUGCGCGAGGCGGAGGCCAGCGGAGACUGCUUGAGAUACGUGGGUGUGGUGGACGCCCAGAACGGCAAGGGCAGCGUGGAGCUGCGCCGCUACCCCAAGUCCCACCCCUUUGCGCAGCUGCAGGGCAGCGACAACAUCAUCUCUUUCACCACCGCGCGCUACUUCAAGCAGCCGCUCAUCGUGCGCGGCCCCGGCGCCGGCGCGGACGUGACGGCGGCGGGCGUGUUCAGCGACCUGCUGCGGCUGGCGGCGUACCUGGGCGCGCCCUCCUAGAGCAGGAGCAGGAGGCGGCGGGGAGGAGACGGCGAGGCGGCAGCCGUGUGUCAAGCGGAAACGAUACGCGCGCUCGUGCUUGUGUGUGCGUUUGCGUGCGCGUGUGUGAUGGUAGUGGUGGUGUGGAGGGCGGGAGUGCUCUUACCGUACCCCAAACAAUUGGGGGCGGGGCAGGGGGGGGGGGGGCGCUAAGGGGACGGCGUGUUUCGGGAAUGGGGAUGGCCAAUGCCGGCGGAUGUCCCGACACGGCUGUCGGCGGCGGGGAUGUGAGUCACGAUGAGUAGUGAAGAGCUGGACUGCUAGGACGGGCCUUGCUUGAUGUGUAACUGGUGCAGGAUGCGAGGUAUGUAGAUGGUGCGCUUUGCGGGGCACAACGGGGGCGUUGAGCCUCGGCGUGCCUGAGUGAGUAGCUCGGUUGCGCGCGGGGCGAAUGAAGUGGUGCAGCGGGUGUCACUCGGCGUGUAGGGCGGCCAGGAAGCUGGAUCCGGCUUGUACGGCUGCAUUGGAUUGCUGCUGUGUGCAUAGCGAGCAUGUGCGCAGGCUGCGUGGUGGUGCACUUGGCCAAACCCCCCAACUCCGAAGCGCUAUCACGAUCCUACGUUUGCAAGAGUUGGGGCUUAUGGUGGCCCCUUCACAACGACAGAACACAUAACCAAAAGCUGCUACACAGGCGCGCUGCCGAGCUGGCCCCGGAUUGCAUUAGCGCGCAACUGCGCAAGCUAGCUUGCAACUAGAUUAGGCCCUUUGCCCCUUUCCCCAGUCCUGAUGUGUGAAAGCGGCAGCCUAGCUAUCAGCAUGCACGGUGGCGGAGGCGCAGGAACAGCUGCGCCGUGGAAGGGGCCUUGGGUACGGGCCUUGGGGGCACUGGGGCUUACCUGCUCGAGCUCGGCGCGCUCGUAACACCUGAGUGGACUUAGCAUCUCAUAAAAGUCUCAUUGAUUGAUGUUACAAGUUCAUGCUCGUAGAUUGGUCCAAACGAGCCAGGAAGCUCAUGGACCGCCAAAACUAGUCUCAAAAGGAUUAUUCAAAAAGCAAAACAGUUCAUGCAAUAAUAUAUCUAAAUUGGUCGCGCCGUAAGGUCGUUACGUCGCAGCCUUAUCGCAUGAAUGACACGCGCUAAACCCCUCUGGUCACCACUGGCCAUCGCGUCCAUCAUAGUCGCGGGAAUCACCUCCCACAGCGUGCUUCUGAUAUCAUCGUACGCCUUGCACUCAAGCAGCACAUGCCUCUCAUCCUCUACAUGCUCCUCCCCAUCAGCGUGGCAAAGCGGACAUACUCUCUGUGCUCUCUCCCUGUGCGCACCCUGCGCACCGCGUGGGUUGUUAGCCUCAAUCAUCCACACGCCUAUCCUGAAUCUCAUCAUGGAGACAUGCCAUGCUCGAGGAAUGUAGAUUUGCGUGUGCCGUGUUUCCCCCAUCCAAUGCUUGUAACGACAUAUCUUCACGCCAGGCUUGACCCCUGCUUGCGUCACAAAAUCCCGUGGAUUAACCUCUAACCUGUUGCUAGCCCAGUCCUCCUCAAACUUCUCGCGUACCUUCCCCAUGAGGGAGGCAACAUCCAGUUCUUGCGUAGUAAUGCGUGUAAUAUUGGCCUCGA